AUGUUACAGCCAUUGCCAAGUGACUCUGGUGAAACCUGCAAUGGUACCAGUGCUUUAUCUCAAGAUGGUGCUUCUGUCUGUGAUGAACUUACUGAAGUCAAAGACGCAAUUGUUAGUAUUACAACUAAUAAAUCAGAAGAAGUUUUUCAAAAUUCAGAUAGUGAAGAAAACAGCCACAACCUACCAGUUUCACAAAAUGUGAUAGAAGAAGGACCCACCUGUUCUCAGAAAAAUUAUUCCAGUCCUCAAAUGAUAAUCUGUCAACUGAAAAGUGGCACUCAUAUAUUCUGCAUCAACAAUACUGAAACAAGAGAGUUGAAAGCAGUGCAUUUGGUUCCUCACAAUCAAGAGCAGCAAAAGUAUCUCCAGCCAGGUAUUGCAAUUCUGGAAAAUAAAGACAAUAUAUCAGAGGCAAGUAACUCUGUAACAUCUGUACUGGGACAGUUUCUGCCAGUUAUGGGUAAACUGAAUGUAUGUGCACAAGAGCUUGAUAAUGGAGCCACACAUGUCUGCCAUUCAGAUCCAAAUUUUCAAGAAUCAACAAAAUUGGCUGCAGUUGGGUUGCCUUGUGGUUCCUGGGAUGCAAAGUCAAAAAGGCCUUGUAACUGUACUAAGUCACAGUGUCUCAAAUUGUACUGUGAUUGCUUUGCCAAUGGUGAUUUCUGCUAUAACUGCAACUGUAAUAAUUGUUACAAUAAUCCACAACAUGAAAUAGAACGGUUUAAUGCCAUUAAGGUAAUAUAAGCUUGUCUUGACAGAAACCCAGAAGCUUUUCUGCCAAAGAUUGGAAAAGGAAAACUUGGAGAUAUCAAGCCCAGACAUAACAAAGGAUGUAACUGUAAGCGUUCGGGGUGCUUAAAGAAUUACUGUGAAUGCUUUGAGGCUAAAAUUAUGUGUUCAUCUAUCUGUAAAUGUGUUGGCUGCAAAAAUUAUGAAGAAAGCCCAGAGCGAAAAACACUAAUCAAUAUGCCGAACGAUAUGGAGAUUAAAAGUCAUGAAGAAAAUGAUGCUGUAUCAUUUUCUAAUUUAGGAAUAUGGUCAAAUCCCAGAAAAGACAGUAGGCAAUCUAAUACAUGUAUAUCAUGGGAAGUGGUGGAGGCAACAUGUGCCUGUCUCCUGGCACAAGCUGAAGAGGCAGAAAAAGAAGCUUACUCUGUUUGUUUAGCAGAACGAAUGAUCUUAGAAGAAUUUGGGAGAUGCUUAUCACAGAUUCUUCACUCUGAAUUUAAAUCUAAAGGACUGAAAGUUGAAUAAAGCAUCUCAGUUACCAAUCCACAAUAUGAUCUAAAGGGUUGC